AUGAACGCCUCCGGCGAACUAGCUACUGCUAGGUUUAAAGCCCGCUGGGUUACGUAUGCUUGCUACUCCUACUCCCUCGGACCCAGCGCAAAACUGAACUUCAAAACCGGCGAAAGCUUCCACCUUGCAAAGAGCUGCCCAUUCUCCAAGACCUCCCUCAGCCACCUCCCUGCCCUCCCCUCCUCAAUCCUCCCUGUCCCUACCAUCCUCCUCCCCAGUUCCUCCAGAAAAACAUCCCUCUCCCGCCCCUCCUCAACCGUAGUCCGCAUCAUCCUAAGUAACAUAUGUGACUGCACGGUAAAGUCCAACUCACCCACCUCCGCCUUCACCUCCACCGUCUCCUCCACUGCAACAACAGCCAAAAACUCCACCUCCUCCUUACUCCCACCCUCUCCCUCCCACCCCCUACACCAUGCCUCCGACCCCACACCACCAUCCGGCCACCCACACCACAUCACCUCACUCGUCCACACGCCAUCCACAUCCGGCUUAGCAACCUCCCUCCUCGCCGCACUCGCCUCCCACAGCUGCGCCGAGUACUUUGCUUCUCACGCGUACACAUCAUACGCUCCCUGCGCGACCAGUAUCCCGAAGAUGUUCGGCUCCCACGCUUCCCGGGAAACCGCCUUGGCUGAGCCAGAUCGGCCAGGGGAACCGAGCCCCAUGUACUCAAGCCAGAAGCGCUUGCGUCUCCGAGUAGGGCGGCACGCUGGUGUGGGCCGUGCGCAGGCGCGCGAUGGUCGUCUCGAGCGUGCUGAGGGCUAA